AUGGUACGCCUCCCCCAGAUGUGGACCCAGAGGGCCUCAUACUGCUCCCGUGACAUCACUGCUCCUGACGCAGUGAGGAAGCUUCAUCCGCUCGACGCAGUGUCUUUGACCAUCUCCAGCCGAACAGACACGGGCGUCCACGCCCUCUCUAACUCCGCCCACUUUGACCUACAACGCAGAAACAACAAACCCCCAUUCUCAGAGGACGUCCUAGUCGACGCCCUCAACUUUCACCUGAGGCAGGAGCCAAUCAGGGUCAGCUGUGCCUACCGUGUGCCUGAAGGGUUCCACGCACGUUUCCGCGCCACGUCACGGACGUACGUGUACCGGCUGGCUGCCGGCGUGACCCGGCCCUCACAACUGCCCCUGGCUGACCUCAGGCUGUGCUGGGGCCUAUGCAACACGGAGCUGAACGUGGGGGCCAUGUGUGAGGCUGCUUCCCUGCUGGUGGGGACCCAUAACUUCAGCAGCUUCAGAGCGUUGAAUUCUGAGACACCCUCCAAGGACCCUGUGAAGACCCUGGACCUGGCUCUCCUGGAGCCGGGAGAGGCGUUCGCUCACAGACACUUCCACAGAGAGAUCCAGUUCUGGGAGCUUACUUUCAAGAGUAGAUCCUUUCUCUACAAACAGGUGCGAAGGAUGACUGGGGAUCUGGUGGCGGUCGGCCAGGGAAAGCUCUCCGUCUCUCAGUUAGAGAAACUACUGGAGGCCCAAGACUCCCUGGCCUAUCCCCAGAACCUGACCGCGCCCCCCCAGGGCCUGUUUCUGACUCAGGUGGAGUACCAGCAACAAGAUCUCCAUCCCUGCACCAGCCCUGUGGGGUGACAUCAGGACAGAGUUCACCUACUUUAGAUGUUUUCUAGGCCCAUUUAUGUCCGUCAUGAUGCAAUUUAUUCUUUCAAAAUAUACAAAUAAAUAUUUGUAUGUAUGUUUAUGUAACAAUAUGCCAAUAUUAAUGUAUUUGUAUCAAGCUGUUAUAAACGUACUGAAUCUCAA